UGAAUGUUUAACAAAGUCAGAUGACAACCAUCCACGUCCUCGCGUUUACCACGCACCGCAAAAAGGAAGCUUUGAGAUGUGCGUCCUCGGCUUUGAUACCUACGUGAUAAAAUAGUCGAAAACACGAUCAUUUAUUAACGAGUUCGCGUAAGCAGGAAUCGAGAGGACAAGCAGCAGGUAGCAGAAGCGUUGGCGACGGCGCGUCGACCUGCGCCCUAGUGGCGGCGUCGUUCAAUAGCGGCGUCGUCGAACAGUGCCGCACAACCUUUCCCGGCGUCGGGUACUCAGCUGUUUGCCCAAAGGGAGCACGCGACCCAUCGCCAUACCAUCACAGCAACCACAGAGCCAGAGCAGCUGGUGAGAGAGCGCGCCCUGCUGGGGAUGUGCCGUGAGCUUUGACGCGGGUGGAGAGUGGCGGUGUGGCAAACGCGGUGAGAGUUCAGGUGAUGCACUGAGUGAGGUGGUCUUCGACGAGGCCACGUGUGAGUGGGGAAUUGCGCCAGACUGCCUCACGGUGCGGGUGCCGGCGGGCCUCGUCGCCAAGGCCGGUCAUGUGCCACCCAAUGGGGGAACCACCUCCGAGGAGAAAGCCUCCAUACCGAGCGACAGCCUAGCAGAGUCUGAACCCGCACCUAAGGACAUGACAGCUGUCAAUGCGGGUGUCCACGAGCUGGCCGGCGUCCGCUUGCCCCUCCAGCCGUACUCUGGUGGUCAUGCGGUGUUUAUGUAUAGCACAGCCGCCGACGGCAACGUCACCCUCCAACUCAAAGAAUCGGACGAUUUGGAUCGGUCGAGUCUUGCUGCGAUGCUGGCCAGGCUGCAGGACGACGCAACUUUUUCCAUAUCGUACCAAGACACGGAUAUCCUUUCCGACGGCAGCAUCGACGUGCUUUUGGGUACCGGGACGGCGAAUUCAGGCGGGAACGAAGCUGUUACAGCCACCUUCGACCUGUUCGACUCGUCGAGUGGCCCGGACCUGACUUUGUCCCCGCAGACGUUCACGAACUCAGCUGAGGCCUUUAUCAACGACAACUCCAACAGUCUGGGAGUCCCAGCGGACAGCGAUGCAGUAACGACAACAACAGAUGAGAAGAAGACCACGAACAACAACUCGUCGGAAGUGGUGAAACUGACGGUGAAAAGGGCGCGUCCGAAAGCAGCAUCGCCCAACAGACAGGGUCCCCAACAGUGCCAGGUAUGUGCCAAAGUGUUUGGGAACGCGUCCGCUUUGGCUAAACACAAGUUGACCCACAGUGACGAAAGGAAGUACGUCUGUACCAUGUGUGGGAAAGCGUUCAAGCGCCAGGACCAUCUCAACGGUCACAUGUUGACGCACCGCAACAAGAAACCGUACGAGUGCAAGGCUGAAGGCUGUGGCAAAAGUUACUGUGAUGCUAGGUCUUUGCGGAGACACACGGAAAACCACCACAGCUCGUCGACGGUUAACACGGCGACGACGACCAUGUCGCCAGCACAGGGGGCGGCAUCGGGGGAUGCCGCCUCACCGCAUGGUUCCAGCUGUAUACAGUACGCGCCGCCACCAACCUCCACCACCAAUGGAAAGAGUCAGCUGCAGCAGCUCCUGGCCACGGAGCCGGCAAAGGGCGGCAGUGGCGGCAACAACGAUGGGCUAACCAAACAACAACUGGAUCUAAUACAUCAAAUAAUGGAACAAACCCAGAGACAAUCCCAAUCCGCCAGUAAACCGACAACAAAGCCGGCCACAAAACCCAUUAGCAAAACACCAGUCAAAGUACAGAGGGUGUGGACGUCGACGACGCAGCAGACUUCAUCAAACAAAACAAGUGGGAGCGCUACGAGUCCGCAGGCAAAAGUUACCACCACCACCCCGUCGACAUCCCCAGCCGCCACCGCCACCCCCAACAAACCCGAACCCAAACCCGUCGAAUGCAACCUAUGUCACAGGAAAUUCAAGAACAUCCCCGCCCUCAAUGGACACAUGCGGCUGCACGGCGGAUACUUCAAAAAGGACGCGGAGAACAAGAAGUGCGAAAAAAAAGACACCAACGGCCCCCCUUUACAGACGGCCAGUGUGAGCGUUCGGGCCCUCAUUGAAGAGAAAAUCAUCAACAAGCGGAUAACAAAUCCCCAAACGACGACGACAUCGUCGGCGUCCUCGGCGUCGAGUGAAGAGAGUCAGAAAUCGACGGCUCCGCCUUUGUUCCCAUUAACUGUGCAUUCCUCUGCGAACAACUCCAGCGAUCUGGACACUAAAAUAACCUCUUUCGUCGUGCCGGCGCCACCCCAGCAGCCGGUGGAGAAAGCGCGAAGACAUUCCGAUGCCGAAGCCUUCAACGUGUCCAGAACUACGACCACCACCCAACAGAAAGCUGAAGCUCUGGCAGAUCUCAUCCUCAAACGAGACAAAGUCUCCGUCAAACGUACUACCUCUGACCCCGGACAAUCCUCACAGAUCAUCCAGUUUCAAUCGGCCGACUCUUUUACGCUAACGGGAGUUACGUAUCAGUCGGAAGAUGGUGAAUACCUUUCGCCGAGUCUGCAAGACGAGGUGUUCACGCAAGUGCAGGACACGAUGCUCUUGCAAGGAGUCGAUCCGCACCAGCUGGCGUCCAUCCAGUUCCAAACGGACACGCUUCUGCAGGACCAGAACGACCAGCAACUCCAAGACAUCGCUUUGGAGGACUACACAAAUCUGCAAGAAGCCGUAGUCCAGUCACCUUCCUACCAGUCGAGCCAUUCGGUGAACCAGGAGCUGCAAGCUGUGCUAGACUCGCCUCUUCCUGAGAGCUUAGCAGAGUUCAGCACCUUUCACUCGACCACAAAUCUAGAUAUACCAUCUCCAGGCUACCAGACGCAAUCUCCAGCUCAAUUCACCGGCUCUCCACACACCUCUCUAACCGCACAAUCACCGCUACAAAGUCCCUUGAUCAGGCAUGAUUCUCCAGGAUUCGCAUAUCCCACUCCUCCUGCGAGUCACGAAGGACAGAGUCCUUGUUUCGGCCAAAACACCCUUCUUCCAAUGGUAUCGCCAAAGCAGAACGAGUUUGGUCAAGUAGUGGAGAGAGGUGUGGAUGAACCUCCGCAAGCUUCGUCGCCCUUAUCUGCGGCGUUUUUCACGUCGACGAUGUCAAGUUCGGCCGCUGUCGAGGAAGCUUUGGAGGAAGUCCUCCCAGGGGAGAGUAUUCCAACGGAUGAUAUUUACCCUUUAACGAAUUCACCCCCUCCACAAUCUCCCUUAUCGGUGGGCCUUACACCUGUUCCCUCGCCCUUAUCAAAUAUUGUGACAACGUCUGUGCCCUCACCCCACACUUCCACCACGUUCACUCCCUCGCCUAACACCGUCACCUUCCCUAUGUCUCCUCAUUACACCCUCCAAUCCCAAAUGAUGCCCAAUUCAGAAGACCCUCUCCUGUCAAGUAGCCCAAAAGACUUUGCCCCUCGCAAAAAGUUCGAGUUCAACGGAGUUCCUCUAAGAGUGAUCAGCAAUAACGGCCUGCUGGAUCUCAACAGUUCGAACUUCGCCGGCAUAUUAGUUGAUGCCAACGGCGAAAUCAAGAUCAUCCAAACUGGGGGAAACACCUUCCAAGCCAAAAACUUCCUCGUUGCCAACACUUCCCUUAUCCAAAGCCAAGACGACGAGAAAAACGCCCCAAAAACGCACAAGGUGCUCAGAAUUCCAACGAAGCAAAUCAUCGCAAGGCCUAAACAGAUAAUCGACUUGAAAAGAGAAGAGAACAACGAUGUGUUUCUCAGCCCUACAACGAUACCCGCGAGUCCUAUACGGGCUUCCAGGAAACGGCCUCGAAGCGAGCCGCUCCAACUUCCGGUUUUUCACCAAUCGAAGUUGAGGGCGACGAGGAGUAAGCCCCAGGGGUUCGCUCCGUACACGCCUCAGCCUAUUUUAAACCCCCAAAGGCCCGGAACGGGUCUAUACGCGAAUAUUAAGGUGAAAUCGGAAGAAGACUCGAGCUGGAGCAAUGACCCCAUCCCCGAGAGCGACUCCACGCCGCACGUAAAUGUGGGCUCUCAAUUUCAAUGCACAAUACCUCCUUUUACGUCCGCUCCGUGUAGGACCAAUCCGGACCCAACGCAUGAGGAUCUCCUGUGGGAUCCUGGCAUAAGCGGCUGCACAGACAGUGAAGUUGACAUGUACUUGGAUUUCGCGUGCUGCGCUGCAGUUCCCGGGGGAGGAAGGAAUAAGGAGUACGCCAUGCACCUCCUGCAUAUGUGUGGCGGAAACAUACACGACGCGAUGUUGAAGCUGAUGCAACCCGCGCCGAUUCUCCCGUCGGACCACCCACUCCUUUGUUAUCAGUACAGCGAGAGUGACAAAUGGACGUCUUCUGAAACAGACAUUUUCCACAAUGCGUUGCUGAAAUACGACAAGGAUUUCCGCAGCAUAGCUCAAGAGAUCGGGACGAAGACUAUCAAACAGUGUGUACAGUUCUACUACGUGUGGAAGAAAGUGUGUGUUGAUGAAUACCGAAAGCUGAAGUAUCUCCGGGAGCGGCGACAGAGUCACUCGAAGAGUAUAGAAGGGGACGUAGAAGAGAAGCCGUAUCCUGAUGCCAAAUUAUUAGGGAUUGUAGAUAGUGGUUCUCCCAUGCCUGUUCAAGAGACCAGAAGUUUUAUCUGCGAGUUCGCAGACUGUUCAGCUAGUUUUAAUUCGCGUGCCGCCCUUAACGGGCACAUACGAAUUCACGGUGGAACGGCCCGGAAUUCUCCGACACCGUCUGCAAACGCAGACAAGCGUACUUCCUCCGUAAGUUCAACCGUUUGUCAUCCCGACUCAACAGAAGAUUACCCCUGUAAGAUUUGCGGGAAAGUUUUUACAAAGAUCAAAAGCCGGAGUGCCCACAUGAAGUCGCAUCGUCCACCCGAUGCGGAACCGGUGAAACGCAGAGAAAAAGAAGCACAUCCUUCGUGUACAAGCUUUGAACUUUCCGUGCCAAGCCCGUAUAACACUUAGUACUAGAGCUAUCCAAAAAUCAAAUAAUUAAGUAAAUCAAAAACAGGUAAAGGGCAAUCAAAAUUUUUAUUUCGAGGUCAGAUCAGAAAACCAGAACAGAAAUUUUAAAAAGACAUGUAAAUUACUCAAGAGAAACUAGAAAAAUGUAGGUAAAAAGAAUUAUAGGUAGAGUAGUUGUACAAAUUGCAAUCCACAUAUUAACAGAGAUUUAUAUUUAAUAUUGAUAGGGGUUGUGUUACGUUACAGUGUCGUAACGUUAGUGCCUUUUCGAAUGUCGAGUGAGACACUAUUAAGCUUGCGUUACAUUCUCGUAACGUGGGCUGUUUCAGUACCAUAGUGAUCUGGUAUUUUGAAUUAGUGCUCAGAAGUUCAACUUGCACGAUACUCGGUUUCCUUCUGUAAGUUCUCAUGAGCAAUAGAUCUGAACUCAAAACUAAAUAAUCAAAUAUCAUAAUGGCCAUAAUAUAGCGUGAACUAUACGUAUUGGCGGCGGCACCGCGUCCCCUCUUCCUCUGGCCACUAAACGUAUGUCGUGGAUUUGCUCAAACGUCACUUUUUAUCUACUUUUUAGUUGUGUAAUGUGUAGAGAAACUGAUGAUAUUUUACUAGCACUACUAAUCGUGUGCGCGGCGUGAAUGUCUCCAUUAAAAUGUGCCACUCGGCCGGAGCGAGGGGGGCGCAGGGGGCGCCCACUUUUUUAAAGUUGGUACUAUUUGGUACUAUUUAACUCUGUGUUGUGAUCUUUUUAAAAGUCUAUUACUAUGAAUCUAUUUAUAUUAAUACUUAAUAUAAUAAAUAUUUGUACAUGUUACUGUAUGUAUGAUAUUAGCGUUAAUUAGAGGUCGGCGCGUCGCCAGGGGGAGUCCCAGGCUUUUCCAGUAAAAAAAUGACAAUCCACUUCAUUUUAUUCGUAUUUAUGUAUUGGUGUUUUUUGAGUGUCUGCAAGACGUUAAACAUAGGUUAAGUCGCUUAUCAUCCUCCAUAAAUAUAUAUCGAGUCACUGUUGGAUGUUUUAUAAAAAGAGGGAAAUCAAAUGUUGUAUGUUUUACUAAUUAAAUGCUCAUAAAACUAUGAGGUAUGUAGGCUAGGUGCACUUGGGCUCCUCUGGCAGGGGCCGACCAUCAGACUGGGCCACUUGGUGGUAGUCUAGGUAUCAGGUGCUCAGACCUAUCAAUUAAUUGUUGUUAAAUUAAUGUACCUACCUUGAAUUGACAGGCAUUUGCUGUUACGACAAAUUUUUCAAUAGAGUAGUGAUGAAAUUCGUUUUUUGAACCGUGACCCAUAUCACACUUUCUUUCGAUAUAAUAACACGAACUAAUCUAAUCACGGCCUAAUGUUGUGGUGUAGUCGGAAACGUUUUUAAUUGUGAUAUACUGUUGAAUGUUGAAAUGUCUGUCAGUUCGUCUAGAUGAUGAUCACCUUGUGUUAUUAUUAUGUAUAUGUGACUUGACACUAGAUCUUUUAAGUGUGAUUUGAGAACAAUCAUUCAUGUAAAAUAAACCUAAAAAUUGCUGUGGUCUUUCAAGAGAAACUAUAUAUACAAAACCUGACUGUCCAGCAUUGUUUUUACGUCACUGUGACUGCUUAGCAGUACGUCGGGGCUUUUAGUUGAAUAUGAUACGGUUUAGUUUAAAUUUAAAAUAGAAAUAACUAGUAUGAAUGUGUGCCUGUAUAACGAUUUCAUUUGUGCCAACAUUGGAUAUCAUAGUUGAGCUUAGCAAAAGUGUCAUGUAACAUAUUUUAGUAUGGAAAAUGCUUGUAUAUUUGUAAAUAGGCUAAAAUAUUUACCCUUUUCGCACCGACAUCUGCCAACAAUCACCGAUUUUCACCCGUUCUUUUCCACGUUUUGCGUUCGCACCGAUUCUUGGCACAUGUCGUGUUUUGUAAAUGUUUGAGGUUUUAUUGAUAGAUUUUUGCCAAAUUGUUUGACCCCAUUGCAUCGCCAUUUGUAGAGGGGACGUGUAGUAUGCAAUAAGCUAUACAUAAGAAAAUUUACUCUGUGUAUUACAAAAAUAUAUGAAAUAUUGCUAUUAUUUUCCGGUGACAAGCUUCGUUCUGUCGAGAUAUACAGAGAAUCGAACCGUUCCCUAUCCGUACCUGACUAUUAACAUUUUUCAUUCAUUGUUAUAUAUCCAUUUCGGUACUAACUGUAUUAACCCGUUGUGUUGUUUCCUUAGAGUUGAGUGCGUUUAAUAUUUAAACACAAAAAAAUUAAAACAGAGUAUUCCCCCAAUUUAAUAAAGUAAGAUGAUAAAUUUUGUGUAAUAUUUUACAUUUAUGAUGUCUCAAGAUGUUGUGCUCAUUUUAUAUCAAAUAAUAACAAAAUGUAAAUCUUUAAUCAAAUGUCAAUACUUGUAGCUCAAACUUUUUAUAUUUUUUUCAAAUCCAAUAAUACAAUCUGUAGAUUUUUAUGACCACGUGUGUCAUGACAGUGUGUUCAAAUUUGAGAUUUUUUGCAGUUGUACUUUUGUACCUCCAAAUUUUAUUUUCCGUCAUCAAUUUAUAGACAAUCCCUUCGGUCAAAUGAAACUAUAACUGCAACGAAACCUCAAUGUUGUAAAAAAGUAGAAAUACUCUACAUGCGUUUGUAACUGUAAUCCAGUUUUCUAUCUUGUGUUAAAUAUAUAUUAAUAAUUGUUUUGUUUGACUGUUUUAAAAAAGAUAUUUGUUGUUAAAUUCUGUCCAAAUAUUUCCAAACGUAUGUUUAAAAAGUGUAUAUGUAUAUACUUGUAUUAUUGUAUGCACAAUAAAAUAUGGCGUUGUAAUUAUAAAA